AUGGAUCCCCUGAUUGAGGAUGGACAGGUAGCGCAGCAGGUUAUUCGUCUGUUGGGGCAAGACGUCCUUCGAAUGAGGACGGAAUUGGAGGAGACCAAGAGGCAACUACGGGCUCAGAGCUCUGUCACCACAGAGGUUCUUCCUGACCAAGACGCACGGGGAGAGCUACAGAUAGCGAGGGACGAAAUUGCCCGCUUACAAGCGCAAAUCGCUCAUCUCUCUCGAGCUCUGAAUGAUCAUCGUUCAGGCAAUAUCAAUGAAGAGCGAAAGCCUGAUCUCUCCGCAUUGGACACUCUACAGAGCGAAAUCGACCAUCUAACUGAUAUUAUCGCCAGAAAGGAGGCCGGCGAACAAGGCCAUCUCGAGAAGAUCUCAACCUUGCUUCGCAAGGUUGUCAAGCUGCGUGACAAGUGCGAGCGUUAUAAAUCUUCCCGCGAUGACCUGCGAGCCCGCCUUGCUGAGGCUUCAACUGAACCUUGCCAGGAUGUUAUCCCUUCUUGUGAAAUGGACGAUUUUCCCGGAAGCUUCCUUCAAGAAGAUCCGCCUUUGUCAAAUGCAGAUCCCCCACGCGUCGAUAUCAAAUACAUUUGGGAAGGGCCAAAUUUCUUGCUGUCGAGGAGACAGAUGCAGUUAUGGCCCUCGCACAGGUACAAUCCUGGUACUGGGGUUAACGGAUGGGAGCAGUUUGGCUUCACCGGCCACGAAAAAGGCCACAGAUGCGAACUCCUGUACUGCGAGGAAGAGAAAUGGUUCUACUUGGGUACCUAUGAACUCGUCGGCUUAAAACGGCUCUCGUUGGAGAGCGUUCAAGCGAUAACCCAUAACGACACGAAGGGUUACAUGAUGAAGCAAACGGUCGUCUCCCCCGAACUGGUGCCGCCAUUCCUGCACGGCAUGCUUGAUAGUAUGUAUGAUACGGGAGCCCUCAUGAUCGAGGCUGCGGCACUGUGUCGGGUCGGCUUCAACCAACAGUUGUAUCACGCUGUUUUGUCCGCUCGGAAAAAUCCCCGCAAGUCGAAGGAAGGCGGAAACGCCACGGAAGCAAGUCACAAACGGGGGGUCGAGGAAGUCGAGAGCGACCAAGAUGAGCAUCAACCUGCCGCAAAGAAGAAACGAAACAGUCGCGGCAAACAGUACUCGUAUCCUGCGCACCCAUCACUAUUUCCGAUGCUGAUCAAUCUGCUGGCGUCGUAGUUAUCUCAUUGCCAUUUGCUUUCGUUGCCGCUUUGCGCACUUCCUGCUAUCUCACUCCCUAUACACUGUACCAAAAUCAUCUUGGACAUCUCCAGCUAUCGUCGCUAUCUGCUUCUACCUGCAUUGCUGUACAUGACGUCUAUCUCUUGUUUUAUGAUCUUGUUUGCUACCAUCUGCCUCCUUUGUCUGUCUUAUUGCAUAUAGAUAUACUUUCAGGUGAUGC